AGCUUUCGUGAGGCUUCGGAACCAUUCGUACUGACUCGACUCUUCACUUCGGGAAAUUUCGGAUCGUGUCGGUUCUACACUCGGGACAUCAGCUCGGCUUGAGGGCGGCUUCGGCUCGGCUCGGCGGGCGUCAGACGGCCUCUUCGGUCGCUGCUCGGGCGGUGGCUUCGGGCGGCCUCGGCCCAACUCGGGCGGCCUCUUCGGGCCCCGCUUCGCUCGGCGCCUGGCGCUUCGGGCGGUCCCGGACAGAGCCUUCGGGCGGACUCGGUGGAGUCCGUAUGGAGGACUCGGACUCGGCGGCAAAACAGCUGGGCCUGGCCGAGGCGGCAGCGGUGGCGGCCGCGGCCGCUGUGGCGGCGGCGGCCGCGGCCGCAGCGGAAAGCGAGGCGGAGGAGCCGGUGUUAAGCAGAGACGAGGACUCGGAGGAGGACGCGGACUCUGAGGCAGAGCGCGAGACGCGGCGGGUCACGGCUGUGGCGGUGAUGGCGGCCGAAUCUGGGCACAUGGAUAUGGGUACCGAGGCUCUGCCCAGCCCCGAUGAGGCCGCCGCUGCCGCCGCCGCCGCCUUCGCAGAAGUGACCACAGUGACCGUGGCCAACGUGGGCUCCUCUGCAGAUAACGUCUUCACAACAUCAGUGGCAAACGCGGCGUCCAUAUCAGGACAUGUCCUGUCUGGUAGGACAGCCCUGCAGAUCGGGGAUAGUCUGAACACUGAGAAAGCCACGCUAAUAGUUGUACACACAGAUGGGAGCAUUGUGGAGACCACCGGCCUGAAGGGCCCAGCAACACCUCUCACCCCAGGAGGAGAGGGAGUGCUGCCCAUUGAAGGUCCUCAGUCUCCUCCUACCCCACUGGCAACUGGCCAGGAGAAAGGUGGUACCAAGUACAACUGGGACCCCUCGGUUUAUGACAGCGAGUUGCCCGUGCGCUGUCGGAACAUCAGUGGCACACUCUACAAGAGCAGGCUCGGCUCAGGUGGCCGGGGUAGAUGUAUCAAGCAGGGAGAAAACUGGUACAGCCCAACUGAGUUUGAAGCCAUGGCAGGAAGAGCCAGCAGCAAGGACUGGAAGAGAAGCAUCCGCUAUGCGGGUAGACCUUUGCAGUGCCUCAUCCAGGAUGGUAUUCUGAACCCUCAUGCUGCCUCCUGUACCUGUGCUGCCUGUUGUGAUGACAUGAGUCUAAGUGGCCCUGUCAGGCUCUUUGUCCCUUACAAAAGGCGCAAGAAAGAAAACGAGCUGCCCACAACUCCAGUUAAGAAGGAUUCUCCCAAGAACAUCACGCUGCUUCCUGCCACAGCAGCCACCACCUUCACUGUGACACCCUCAGGACAGAUCACUACCUCUGGAGCACUAACCUUUGACCGAGCAUCCACUGUAGAGGCCACUGCUGUCAUCUCUGAGAGCCCAGCCCAAGGUGAUGUCUUUGCAGGAGCCACAGUGCAAGAGGCAGGUGUGCAGCCCCCCUGCAGGGUUGGCCACCCUGAACCCCAUUACCCUGGCUACCAGGACAGCUGCCAGAUUGCCCCGUUUCCAGAAGCUGCAUUGCCAACAUCACAUCCCAAAAUUGUCCUGACAUCCCUGCCCGCCCUGGCCGUGCCGCCCUCCACCCCCACCAAAGCUGUCUCUCCCACUGUGGUCGGUGGGCUGGAGAUGUCAGAACAGCGCAGCUGGCUCUACCUGGAAGAGAUGGUCAACUCCUUGCUCAGCACAGCCCAGCAGCUGAAGACGCUGUUUGAACAAGCCAAGCAGGCGAGCUCCUGCAGGGAGGCUGCCGUGACCCAGGCAAGAAUGCAGGUUGAUGCGGAGAGGAAAGAGGUAACAGGAGCUUGGACCUGUAGCUGUACCCAUCAUCCUGCCCUGGCCCUGGGAGAGCCUGUGAUUCCUGCGCUGGCGCAUGGAGAUCACUGUCCCACUGUCCCUGAGAAGGGAGAGCUGGAAAACAAUACAGAUGAGAGUGGCAGACACCAAUAAAACAUUUUGUGUAAG